AUGAGGCAAAAACUUAGCGCACGCAUCCGAAAAUUUGCUUCUUGUACAACACCAAGACCCGUGACAACCUCAACUUCUUCAAUCGGAGUGGAUGUAACUGAAGAAUACGCUAAUGCCUUUCGCACAGAAUCCUACCUCGACUUUUGGACACGUGUAGUCGCACUCACAAAUCCCGGUUCUAACGGCUCCAAACUUAUUCCAAUGGAGUCGACAACUGCAACCCGGCUCUCAUCCUAUCGGCUUUUCGUGGAAAACCUUUUGGAUCCGGAUCAAACCAUGAUUACUCGGAUAUUGGGUGUAACUCGAAAUCACCCAAAAAACUAUGCACUUUUGUCCGACUAUUUUACCCAAACCGCGAAUGCUUUUACCUUAUGUGGUCGCCUACUAAAAGAUAUCGACCAUACACGUGUCAACUAUCAUUCUUUUAGAACCACACUCCAAUCUCUUAAUAAUUGUAUCACUCCCAGAACACUAAACCAACUUACCAAAAUUUCUAUUGUUUUAUCUCCCAAACGGAUUCAAGGUGUUCAAAUAGGAUGCUUCGAUUUACUCAAACGGCUCGAGUUAACUCGCAACAAAACUAGAGCAAAACUAAGACUUGCGGGCAAAUUCCAAACUGGCUCGGCUAUCUUUUUAGUGGUGGUGACAGCUACACUAAGUGUUAUUGUUGUCACACACGCACUUGCAAUAGUUGUGGCCGCACCAACUCUUAUAGCAACCUCACUCGACUUGGCAUCGUCGAGGAGACUAGCUAGGAUGGCGGCUCAACUCGAUGCUGCCACCAAGGGAGCUUACAUAGUAAACAGGGACUUAGAAACAGUGGGCCGGCUCGUGGCUAGGCUAAACGACGAGCUUGAGCACAUGCGUGGGAUGGUUCAGUUUUGGGUCGAGCGCGGCGAGGAAGACUGGCUCCAGGCCGGUUGCGAGGUGGCGCGCCAGCAAAAAAAUGAUUGUAACUUUAGGCAGCAGCUAGAUGAGCUUGAGGAGCAUUUGUUUCUGUGUUUCAUGACUAUCAACCGGGCUAGAAAUCUUGUAGUGAAGGAGAUUCUGGAUCCGGGUCAGACCACAACAAAUUCCCAUGCCACAUUAGCGAUGUAGUAAUCAGUAAUUAUCAAAUAUAGUUACCCAUCUGUACAUUUACAC